CAGUAUUUCAAAACCCAUCCUCUGUUUUCCAAGGACUCAACUGCUUUACAAAUCAUGCUUUACUAUGAUGAGUUGGAAAUUGCAAAUGCCCUUGGUAGUAAAACUGGAAAGCAUAAGUUAGGAGUUGUUUACUACACAACUGGAAAUAUUGAUCCUCGAUAUCGAUCCCAGUGUGAUAACAUUCACCUACUCCUUAUGGCAACAGUUCCAAUUAUCAAAAAAUAUGGCAUUGACAUUCUCUUGGAGCCUUUCAUGAAUGACCUUGAAUACCUUGAACAAGAUGGUGGUCACCAGUUCAUUGUUAAAGGUGAACCUAUGUCAUUUUCUGGGACUAUUGUGUUGGUUUCUGGAGACAAUCUUGGAUCACAACUCAUGGGUGGAUUCAAAGAAGGUCCAGGUGCACAUUUGAAAUGCCGGCAAUGCAUGGGGACCACUGAACAAAUAAAGCAGAAGAAAAACAUUUUACACUUGGAACUCGUGCUGGUCAUGACCGCCAAUGUGAACUGAUUGAAGAAAACCCAGAACUGAGUAAAGCAUAUGGGCUUUGCAGGAGAUCAAUUCUUUGCAACUCUAGCAAGACAAAUGUGGUGCCUUGGAAAAUUCCUUCCUUUAGCUCUCGGCAGUGCCAUUCCUCAGGAUGAAGAAAAGUGGAUGCAUUUUCUGUUGCUCCUUAAAAUUGUUGACAUUGUUUUUUCACCAAUCACAAACACUGAUGAACUUGCUAUCCUGGAAGGAUACCUGAAGGAAUUUUUGUGGAAAUUCACCCAGCUUUAUCCUGGGCUUUCAGUUAUACCCAAGAUGCAUUACUUGGUUCAUUACCCAGCUCAUAUUUACAGAUUUGGACCAAUGAUUCGGAGCUGGUGCAUGCGAUAUGAAGCAAAGCACAGUUACUUUAAAAGAUUGGCUUCAUACCUUGGAAACUUCACUAAUGUUGCACUUAGCCUUGCUGAACGACAUCAAACCAGAAGUUGCUAUCUAAGAAAUCAACCCAUUGCAAAAAAGCCUAAAAUUGAUUCUGCAAAAGAAAUUGUUGCUAAGGAUAGUGAACAUUAUUAUUUGCUCAAAGAGAAGGAACCAAACUUAAGUGACAUUAGUAUUUUGUCAAGACAUGAACAUUUUUCUGUUAAUGCGAUCGAGAAACAUAGAACAAAUGUUUGUGGUUUUAAUUCGCCAUGAUGGAGGACUUAUAUAAAUAAAGAAAUUGAUUAUUGACCACAAUGAAAACGUAUUUGGCUUUUGUUCACCAUACCCUUGAGGCUGAGCUAUUUACGAAUAUAUAUUCUACUUUGUCAGAACUGCUUUAUAACUGAAGAAAUAUGAAGAUUGUAAGUAUCUUUUUCCUCGUUCAUCGUUUAUGACAGUAAUUUUACAAGACGUGUAUAUAUUGUGAGUCCACCAGGCCUUUUACAUGGCAAGCUAUGAAUGGGAAAUCAAAACAUUUUGUUCUUUAGCAACGUUUCAAUCUCCAGUGUCUCCAAGUCAAAUGCAGUUUAUUGGCCUUUGGCUGUUUUAAAUGUUUUCCUGAGCAUUUUUCUUUCUUAGAUCACGAUUCUUGUCUCGACAAUUGAUCGAAAGACAAGUCACUUUUAACCAACGAUUUAUGAUGAUGAAUAAAAUUACGCCAUUAUCAAACGCCCAAAUUUCGACAUUUUUUAAUGUGAAAAUCUUGUGGGAUAAAAACAUGGAAUUUAUCUUUAUAUAAAAAUCCUAACAAAUUAUAAAAAUCCUAAUUUUCUUACUGCAGUCAAUAUUUUCAAUUUCAUGUCGUGUGCGACAUGCACAGUUGUAAGAAAUGGCCAAUCUUGCUUCUGUACUUGCCGUCGUCGACAUGAAACUGGGGAUGUUUGUCAGAUAGCCUGAAAAUUAGCUAGAUACGAUGGUUAA